UAAUAUUGUUUUGCCGGACAACUCUGAACUCACGCCUCUCAGCAGAUGAGCAGACAAUAGACAUUAACAUGUUUAUUGUUUAAGUGUACGUGCUGGUACUAAUUACUGUUUUUUUCAUUAUAAACAGUUUUAUGUUUAAGUACUGCACAAAAUACCUUUAUUUCUAAAUAAUAAAUAUUUAUUUAUGCAUAGAACGUUUAAAUAAUUCAAUGGCAGACGAUAUUGUAUUUGAACUACUACAUUCGGAAAUUAUAAAUUAUGCAUUAGAUCAAGUUAAGGAUGUUACUAAGAAUAAGGACACAGACUUAUCUGUUGUGGAGUAUAUUGGCUUUGCUGCGGGUUAUAAAAUUAUGGAAAGAUUAACUAGAGAAUGGCCGAGAUUUAAAGAUGAAUUAGACACAAUGAAGUUCAUCUGCACUGAUUUCUGGACAUGUAUUUAUAAGAAGCAGAUAGAUAAUUUACGUACUAAUCACCAGGGAGUAUAUGUAUUACAAGAUAAUGCAUUUCGUUUCCUUACAAACUUCUCUAAUGGACAGCAGUACUUAGAAUUUGCACCGAGGUAUGUUGCCUACACUUGUGGACUUAUAAGAGGAGGGUUAGCCAAUCUUUGCAUCAAUAGUGUUGUAACAGCUGAAGUUCAGGCAAUGCCUUCGUGUAAAUUUCAUAUUCAUGUCCAGAGAACUUAAAACCUACCUUGAAGAAAAGACCCUAAUGCAAUGAAUGGUUGUCCUGCUUAUUCAUAAAAACAGAAUCAGUCUUAUUGCAGCAAUUUAACUAAAGCACCCAUCUGCCUUCUUUCACCACAGUCUAAACACAAUUUGACAUAAAAAGACAAGAGUUCUAAAACAAAUUAAUUAAACUUAUUAAUUUUUUUAUGAAUAAGGGGGUGUAUGCAUUAUAUAAUAUGUUGAUUAUUUUGUUUUUAACUCUAAAACUGUAUUCAAUGUUCAUUAUACCAUUUAUGCCCUAGAUAAAUAAAUUUAUUUCCAUAAAACAUUAA